CUGAGCCACGCGGAUGAUGCUCUCUCUCUGAAUAUUCCUGAGGUAAAUGAGGAAGUUUUCGGAUGGUUGAAAAAAAUUAUUAAACAUACGGGAUUGGCCGUUUUAAAUAUAUCUGAUCAUAUAAUCAAUCUCUUAACUCAAUACUGCAGACCUUCUACAAAUUUUUAUUCAUGCGUUAGAGCAUUAGAUUAUGGCGAAGCAUUCGCUGAUGCUGUAAGCUCCUUUUUAAUAUAUCGUACAUCAGUUUGGAAUGUUCACGAUGUCAAAGAAUUACAACAGUGGAUUUGCCAUGAAGUGUUAUUAAAUCCUGAUUCUAUUCCUGCUCUGAGGAUACUUAUAGCAUUGUUAGCUUGUAAUCAUGAAUUAGUUCCAAUACCUAUCGAGGUAAAGUAUUUUUCAUUAAUUUCUGUUAAUCAAAAUACAUUAAAAAUUGCCAAGUAUUCAAUCGAUGAGCGAAAGAAAACUGCUGAGGCUGACCAAACUGGAACUUAUGAGAAUUUCGCUCAUAUUACGAACAGUUCGAACUUUAAUGGUAAAGAUAAAAGCAAGCAGGAAGAUUUUGCAGUCAAUUUGAUAAGCAAUAAUGUGGACCCUAUUGAUAUCAUUAUUAUCGAGAGUGAUGUGGCUAAGAACAAAGCCAGUUCGCAUCCUAAUCAAAAUGCACGAACUGUUGGUAACUGCAAUUCGGAUGCAAUGCCAAGAAAGGGUCAGACCGUAAUAACUUCAACUGAUGGCAACGAAAUUAGUGUAGAACAAAUGUUAGCUGAUUUCGAUCCUUCGUGA